GCUCAGGAUUUGUUACUUGGACAACCCUAGCUGUUCUGUGUUUUGAUCCAAAUAGGUUUUACUUCACCAUUUCCUUUUUGAGGGAUACCAGAAGCCAUGGCGAUUCGGUUUCUGUUUUUUCUGGUAGUGGCAUUUAUGCUAGUUUGCUGCUCUCUCGCUCUUACAUUUUCUUCGAAGCUCAUUCAUCGUUUCUCUGAGGAAGCGAUGGCUUUACGGGUUCCUAGAAAUGAGGUGUUCUUUAGUACCUGGCCUAAGCGGGGGAGUGUUCAUUACUACCAGUUGCUUGCUAACAACGAUUUGCAGAGGCAGAGGAUGAAGCUCGGGCCUCGACAUCAGUUGCUAUUCCCGGCUGAGGGGAGCACUACGAUGGCUUUUGGAGAUGAGCUUGCAUGGCUACAUUACACAUGGAUUGAUAUAGGGACUCCAAAUGUUUCCUUUCUUGUUGCAUUGGAUACUGGGAGUGAUCUUCUCUGGGUUCCAUGUGAUUGCAUACAAUGUGCUCCUCUUGCUGCCAGUUACUACAGUGUUCUGGAUAAAGAUAUGAGCGAGUACAGCCCAUCUAGAUCAAGCACCAGCAAGCAUCUAUCUUGUAGCCACAAACUCUGUGAAUUGGGUCUGAAAUGCGAAAGUCCAACGGAUCCCUGCCCUUACAUUGCUAACUAUCUUUCGGAAAAUACGUCAAGCUCUGGAUCGCUGGUUGAGGACAUAGUGCAUUUGUCAUCAAGCGAUUCCAAUGCAUCCAAAAGUUUGAUGAAGGCUCCUGUCAUUGUAGGUUGUGGUAGGAAGCAAAGUGGUGGUUAUUUAGAUGGAGUGGCUCCUGAUGGCCUUUUGGGCUUGGGAUUUGGAGACAUUUCAAUUCCAAGUCUCCUUGCAAAAUCUGGACUGGUUCAGAACUCCUUCUCUAUUUGUUUCAGUGAGGAUGAUUCGGGAAGAAUUUUCUUUGGGGAUGAAGGACUUGCUACCCAACAAACCACUCCACUCUUACCCCUAGAUGGAAAAUAUUAUACAUACAUUGUUGGAGUGGAGGGUUUCUGUAUUGGGAAUUCCUGUCUUAAGCAAACUGGAUUCCAAGCACAGGUUGAUAGUGGAACAUCAUUCACAUUUCUUCCUGGUGGAGUACUUGAAAAAGUAGCUGCUGAGUUUGACAGAGGAGUAAAUGCCACGAAGUCCAGCUACAAAUUCUCUCCUUUCGAAUACUGUUAUGAAGCCAGUUCACAGGAUUUGUCCAACAUUCCUGCCGUGACUCUCAUGUUUGCUCAUAACAACAGCUUUUUGGUCCAUAAUCCUGUUCUUCUUAUCAAAGGAAAUCAGGGAGUUGAGGGGUUCUGUCUAGCAAUAAUGCCAGUAGAAGGAAAUUUUGGGACCAUUGGCCAGAACUUCAUGAUGGGUUAUCGCUUGGUGUUCGAUAGGGAAAAUUUGAAGCUGGGUUGGUCUCGUUCCAGUUGUCAAGAUCUCAGCGCUGGUGAGAGACUACCUCUAACACCCCCACCUCAUGACAGACCACAGAACCCACUGCCAACAAAUCAGCAGCAAAGGACCCCUGGUGGGAGUGCAGUUGCUCCUGCGAUUGCUGGUAGGACUCCAUCCAAACCCUCAGCUGCCUCGCCAUUGGAAAUGACCACUCACUUUCUUAUAGAGAGAUUGCUUCCAAUGAUGCUACUUCAGCUUUGGCUGUUUGCUUCAGCCACCUGAGUUUCUGUUCUCUCAUGAAUCCAUCUAUGCUUUUAUAUCGAUUACAUGUAAAUCCAAUAUUCCUGUCAAGCUUUCUUGCAAUCCAAUGCUGUAUUUUUUCUCAAGGUCAUUGGAUUGGUUGGGGCUGCUGGGAAACUCUCUCUCUCUAGUUCUUGACGUUGAGUUUAUAAGUUUUUGUUGCUUUCUUUUCACCCUUUCAGUGUAAUAGAAUUAUUAUUGUAGGGGCUUGUUGCUCAAACAUCUCUACCCCUUUGUAUAUUCUUUCCACAAUAUGUACUAGUGGGUGGUGAUUGGAGCAUUCCACUUGCUAAUUAUGAAGCAUCAUUUACUAGAAGUAAAGUUGUGUUGGGGCUUUCUUGAUCAAUUCUUGUUUGAUGUUUCUUUGCAAUUUGGUAUUUCCUUUAUGAAGGUUGAAAUAGUUUUCCCA